AGGACGCGAGCCCCUCAGCCACCUCAGCCAUCGCCAGGGCUGCCACCGCGCACCGCCCCCUGCGCCCUCGGUCCCGCGUCCACUGAGCGCCGCGGGGAUGGGGCCCAUCCUUCAGUCCCCCGCACGCUGGCCUCGUCACCUGCUGCGAUGCGUCCUGCUCCUGGGGGGCCUGCACCUCAACCCUCCCGGGGCCGCCGCCGCCGCCGCCCUCCCGGAGUCUGAUGUCUUCCUCAUCUUCAGCCAUGGACUGCAGGGCUGCCUGGAGUCCCAGGGUGCACAGGUCCGAGUCACCCCAGCCUGCAAUGCCAGUCUCCCUGCUCAGCGCUGGAAGUGGGUCUCUCGGAACCGGCUCUUCAACCUGGGCACCAUGCAGUGCCUGGGCACAGGCUGGCCGGGCACCAACACCACAACCUCCCUGGGCAUGUACGAGUGUGACCGCGAGGCCCUGAGUCUUCGCUGGCACUGUCGUACACUGGGUGACCAGCUGUCCCUCUUCCUGGGGGGCCGCGCUGGCAAUGCAUCCAAGCCUGGCACUCUUGAACGAGGCGACCAGACCCGCAGUGGCCAGUGGCGCAUCUACGGCAGUGAUGAGGAUCUAUGUGCUCGGCCCUACUAUGAGGUCUACACCAUCCAGGGGAACUCCCACGGGAAGCCGUGCACCAUCCCCUUCAAAUAUGACAACCAGUGGUUCCACAGCUGCACCAGCACGGGUCGCGAGGAUGGGCACUUGUGGUGCGCAACCACCCAGGACUACGGCAAAGACGAGCGCUGGGGCUUCUGCCCCAUCAAGAGUAAUGACUGUGAGACCUUCUGGGACAAGGACCAGCUGACCGACAGCUGCUACCAGUUCAACUUCCAGUCCACUCUGUCCUGGAGAGAAGCCUGGGCCAGCUGCGAGCAGCAGGGGGCAGAUCUGCUGAGCAUCACAGAGAUCCACGAGCAGACCUACAUUAAUGGGCUCCUCACUGGUUAUAGCUCCACGCUGUGGAUUGGCCUUAAUGAUCUGGACACCAGCGGGGGCUGGCAGUGGUCGGACAACUCGCCCCUCAAGUACCUCAACUGGGAGAGUGAUCAGCCAGACAACCCAAGUGAGGAAAACUGUGGGGUGAUCCGCACCGAGUCCUCGGGUGGCUGGCAGAACCGCGACUGCAGCAUCGCGUUGCCCUAUGUGUGCAAGAAGAAGCCCAACGCCACGGCCGAGCCCACCCCGCCAGACAGGUGGGCCAAUGUGAAGGUGGAAUGUGAGCCCAGCUGGCAGCCCUUCCAGGGCCACUGCUACCGUCUGCAGGCUGAGAAGCGCAGCUGGCAGGAAUCCAAGAAGGCAUGUCUGCGGGGUGGCGGCGACCUGCUCAGCAUCCACAGCAUGGCUGAGCUCGAGUUCAUCACCAAGCAGAUCAAGCAAGAGGUGGAGGAGCUGUGGAUCGGCCUCAACGAUUUGAAACUACAGAUGAAUUUUGAGUGGUCCGACGGGAGCCUUGUGAGCUUCACCCACUGGCACCCUUUUGAGCCCAACAACUUCCGGGACAGUCUGGAGGACUGUGUUACCAUCUGGGGGCCGGAAGGUCGCUGGAAUGACAGUCCCUGUAACCAGUCCUUGCCAUCCAUCUGCAAGAAGGCAGGUCAGCUGAGCCAGGGGGCUGCUGAGGAGGAUCAUGGCUGCCGGAAGGGUUGGACAUGGCACAGCCCAUCCUGCUACUGGCUGGGAGAGGACCAAGUGACCUACAGUGAGGCCCGGCGCCUGUGCACUGACCAUGGCUCUCAGCUGGUCACCAUCACUAACAGGUUCGAGCAGGCCUUCGUCAGCAGCCUCAUCUACAACUGGGAGGGCGAGUACUUCUGGACAGCCCUGCAGGACCUCAACAGCACCGGCUCCUUCCGCUGGCUCAGUGGGGACGAAGUCAUGUACACCCACUGGAACAGGGACCAGCCUGGGUAYAGCCGUGGGGGCUGCGUGGCCUUGGCCACGGGCAGCGCCAUGGGACUAUGGGAGGUGAAGAACUGCACUACGUUCCGGGCUCGCUACAUCUGCCGACAGAGCCUGGGCACACCAGUGACACCAGAGCUGCCAGGGCCAGACCCCACACCCAGCCUUACUGGCUCCUGUCCUCAGGGUUGGGCCUCGGACCCCAAACUCCGGUACUGCUACAAGGUGUUCAGCUCAGAGCGGCUGCAGGACAAGAAGAGCUGGAUCCAGGCCCAAGGGGCCUGCCAGGAGUUGGGGGCCCAGCUGCUGAGCCUGGCCAGCUAUGAGGAAGAGCACUUUGUAGCCAACAUGCUCAACAAGAUCUUUGGUGAAUCAGAGCCUGAGAUCCAUGAGCAGCACUGGUUCUGGAUUGGCCUGAACCGUCGGGACCCUGGAGGGGGUCAGAGUUGGCGCUGGAGCGAUGGCCUAGGGUUUUCUUACCACAAUUUCGACCGGAGCCGGCACGACGACGAUGACAUCCGGGGCUGUGCGGUGCUGGACCUGGCCUCCCUGCAGUGGGUGGCCAUGCAGUGCGAGACGCAGCUCGACUGGAUCUGCAAGAUCCCUAGAGGCGUGGACGUGCGAGAUCCGGACAUCAGCCCUCAAGGCCGGCGGGAAUGGCUGCGCUUCCAGGACGCGGAGUACAAGUUCUUCGAGCAUCACUCCACGUGGGCGCAGGCGCAGCGCAUCUGCACGUGGUUCCAGGCCGAGCUGACCUCGGUGCAUAGCCAGGCUGAGCUGGACUUCCUGGGACACACCCUGCAGAAGUUCUCCCGGGGCCAGGAGCAGCACUGGUGGAUCGGCCUGCACACCUCCGAGGGCGACGGGCGCUUCAGGUGGUCAGAUGGCUCCACUAUAAACUUCAUCUCCUGGGCACCAGGCAAACCUCGGCCCAUUGGCAAGGACAAGAAGUGCGUGUACAUGACAGCCAGCCGAGAGGACUGGGGGGACCAGAAGUGCUUGACAGCCUUGCCCUACAUCUGCAAGCGCAGCAACAGCACCAGAGAGACACAGCCCCCUGACCUCCUCCCUGCAGCCCAGGGAGGCUGCCCCUCGGGCUGGAACCAGUUCCUCAACAAGUGUUUCCGAAUCCAGGGCCAGGACCCCCAGGACCGGGUGAAGUGGUCAGAGGCGCAGUUCUCCUGUGAACAGCAAGAAGCCCAGCUGGUCACCAUUGCAAACCCCUUAGAACAAGCAUUCAUCACAGCCAGCCUGCCCAAUGUGAACUUUGACCUUUGGAUUGGCCUCCAUGCCUCGCAGAGGGACUUCCAGUGGGUGGAGCAGGAGCCUCUGCUGUAUGCCAACUGGGCACCAGGGGAGCCCUCUGGCCCCAGUCCUGCUCCCAGUGGCAACAAACUGACCAGCUGUGCGGUGGUCCUGCACAGCCCGUCAGCCCAUUUCACUGGCCGCUGGGAUGAUCGUAGCUGCACAGAGGAGACACAUGGCUUCAUCUGCCAGAAGGGCACGGACCUCUCCCUGAGCCCAUCCCCAGCAGCGUCGCCCCCUGCCCCGGGCGCUGAGCUCUCCUACCUCAAUGGCACCUUCCGGCUGCUGCAGAAGCCACUGCGCUGGCAUGACGCCCUCCUGCUGUGUGAGAGCCGCAACGCCAGCCUGGCCCGCGUACCUGACCCCUACACGCAGGCCUUCCUCACGCAGGCUGCCCGAGGGCUGCGCACCCCACUCUGGAUCGGGCUGGCCAGUGAGGAGGGCUCCCGGAGGUACUCCUGGGUCUCAGAGGAGCCUCUGAGCUUUGUGGGCUGGCAGGAGGGGGAGCCCCAGCAGCCUGGCGGCUGCGCCUACGUGGACGUGGAUGGGGCCUGGCGCACCACCAGCUGCGACACCAAGCUGCAGGGGGCCGUGUGUGGGGUUAGCAGGGGCCCCUCUCCGCCCCGAAGAAUAAACUACCACGGCAGCUGCCCGCAGGGGCUGGCGGACUCGGCCUGGAUUCCCUUCAGGGAGCACUGCUACUCCUUCCACAUGGAGCUGCUGCUAGGCCACAAGGAGGCGCUGCAGCGCUGCCAGAGAGCGGGAGGGUCAGUCCUGUCCAUUCUGGAUGAGAUGGAGAAUGUGUUUGUCUGGGAGCACCUACAGAGCUCCGAGGGCCAGAGUCGGGGUGCCUGGCUGGGCAUGAACUUCAACCCCAAAGGUGGCAUGCUGGUCUGGCAGGACAACACGGCUGUGAACUACUCCAACUGGGGGUCCCCUGGCCUGGGUCCCAGCAUGCUGAGCCACAAUAGCUGCUACUGGAUUCAGAGCAGCAGUGGGCUGUGGCGCCCUGGCGCCUGCACCAACAUCACCAUGGGUGUUGUCUGCAAGCUCCCUCGAGCGGAGGAGCGCAGCUUCUCCCCAUCAGCAGCUCUCCCUGAGAACCCGGCGGCCCUGGUGGUGGUGCUUAUGGCAGUGCUGCUGCUCCUGGCCCUGCUGACCGCGGCCCUCAUCCUCUACCGACGGCGACAGAGCGUUGAACGUGGGUCCUUCGAGGGUGCCCGCUACAGUCGCAGCAGCUCAGGCCCAGGAGAGGCUACAGAGAAGAACAUCCUGGUGUCUGACAUGGAAAUGAACGAGCAGCAAGACUAGAGCCAAGGGCGUGGGCAGGGCCAGGGGCUGGAUCUGGGGAGCCUGGGGCYGCAGGUCAGCAGGCCCCCACUAGUCACCAGUUCAGCUAGCCUCUGGAGGGGGCCCUUGGGAGUUGCUGUUGGGAGCCAGGACUGGGCAGGACCUGGGCUGGGGGAGUCCUACCCUCCUGAGAAGACUGGACUGAGACCCAGCUGAGUGCAGAGUGGUGUUUUCCUCUCUGGGGGGCCUGUGGUCUUGUCACCUGGGCUGUGCCCCCACAGUAGCCAGAGGCAGGAUGGGAGGGCCAACAGGAGCCUCUUUCUGCCUUUCUCCCCAGCCCAGGCCUGCUGAUCCAUGCCCCAGGCCCCCCUCCCUGUUGCAGACCUGGGGAGCCUGCCCUGUCCCCUCAGGCAGCUCCCGGUUGCUUCUCUCCUCCCACCUGGCCACCUGGAGCUAUCCUUACCCUUCACCCUGCWCUCUCUCCUCACCCAGCUCCUCCUUCUGAGCCAGGGCCCAGUUUGGGAGCCUACUUGCUCUUGGUGGGGGCCAGUUGAGGAGGCUGCAUAUCUGUCACUCUUGUGUCUGCUGGAAUGGCCACAUGGUGUGGCAGGAGGGUCCUGGGUAGGACGGGCCUGAGAACCAGGGCACCAGUGUGGUGUCUGCGAGGCUGGAGACAGGACUGGGAGAGACACCCCAUCCUCCCAAAGGGGAGCUGGGAUAGGUUGGGGUGUCAUCUCCUGCCGGUCGGGGGAGGGCUCGGUCCCUGAAAGAGUCCCCUGUGGGGACCAAAAUAAGUUCUCUAACAUCUCCUGUUCCUGGCUCUGAUUGGGAGAGAGAAGAGGGAAUCGCUAGAGACCUAGGGGCCUGGGAGUAGCAGGAGACCUGGGACGAUGCCAGGUGCUUCCCUCUAGUGGGCCCCAAGAGAACAGCACCCUGGCUCCUGGAGUGAACUUGCAUGGUUUUUUGAGAGUUUGGAAUUCAGCCAGGAUGGAGUGUUCAGUCAGUCCACUGCCACAGCGAGGGACAAUGUGAACGUGGACUUGGAGACAUGGUCCCUUUUCUGUAGUACUUGAUUUUUUAAAUGUGCCAUUAUUGUUUUUAAAAAAAGGAAAAAAAGAAAAGCAAACACAACACCUUCCAGGGGCUUGAGAGAUAAGGGUCCCUGCCUUGUCCCAUGCCGAGCCUGUUCCUCACAUCCCUUUAGAGAUAAAUGUCAGUUUUUGGAGCCUGAAUCAUGUGUCAUUUCUGCAGCCUGUCAUUUUGCUUUUGUCUCUGGGCUCGUGGGGACACUCACUCCUAUCACCUU